CGCGAAGAAAUCAACUGGUUUACACAAGCUCGUUAAAAAGAUAUUGGAUAUCCUAGAAAAUUGGCGGGUAUUCCUAAGAGUUUGCACAUGUUUUAGAAAUCCGAGGAUUACAUUUACCUGUUAAACAUCUGUCGCGAUCAAUACACACUGGACUUUAUUCAGAUGUCUUUGGAUUUCCCGGUUGAAAAUCUCCUCAGAUGGUUAAGAACUUUUAGCACAGCAGCAAAUGUUCAUUUUAUACACGAUGUAACGGAUGGUAUAAUACUGGCUAAAGUUCUCAAUACAAUUGCUCCAAAUCACUUCACCGAUGAUUGGUUACAAAAAUUUAAUUACGAGGCUGGAAUUAAUUGGCGACUUAAGGUCAGUAAUCUCAAGAAGAUAUUGAAGGCCGUUAUUGACUUUUUAACUGAGGGAAUUGAAGAUAGAAUAUCUGUGCAAUUCCUUCCAAAUCUUCAAGAAAUUGCUGAAAAUGAAGACAAAGAGGCUACAUUUCGUCUGCUUCAACUUAUACUUGGAUGUGCCGUAAACUGUGAUAACAAAGAAACCUAUAUCCAAAAAAUAAUGGGUAUGGAAGAGUCUGUACAACAAGCAUUGAUGGAAGCGAUUCAACAGUUAAUGUCAUCUCGUCUAGGAGUAGUCAGUGAUACAACUGGAUUGAUGGAUUAUGAAGAUCGUUUAUGUAAAGCAGCUGAACAAUACAAAGCCUUAUUGAUUGAAAAAGAACAAUUAAUUGAACAAUGUAAUUGUUUAAAGAAUGAAGUAUUCACUUUACAAGAAGAAAAUUCUUCUCUACAAUUAGAGUUGAAUAAACUUAAAUUACAUUUUAAUUCAUUAGGUUUAAAUCAACUAUUGACAACAGAAACAACAAUAACAACAACAACAGUACAACCAGAAUCAUCAUCAUCAUCCUCUACAGUAGAGCCUAUUUCAACUACAUUGAAUUCAAUCGAUACAGAGUUGAUGAAUAAAACUAUUUCCACAUCUAAUAAUGUUAUUAUGAGUCCAACUAUUGCAAAUGUACGUAUUGGUCAUCUACAAAAUCAACUAUCUAAACUACGUGAUGAAUUGUAUCGAACUGAAUGUGAUAAGGAAGAAUUAAAAAUUAAACUGACUGAAAUGACUACACGAAAUCAAGAAUUAAAACAAAAGUGUUCUAUUCUUGCUACUAAAGCUGAAGAAAGUGUCCACUUAAAAGAUGAAUUAGAUAUUGCACGUGAAGAAGCCUCAGCUGCUGUACGUUUAUCUGCUACAAUUGAACAAUUACGUAAAUAUGCUGAUGAAGCUGUUAACCUACGAGUUAGAUGUUCACAAUUAGAAACAGAUAAUCAAAUAUGUAUACAACGUUUAGCUGAAUUAGAACAAGAGACACGUUUAGGUGGUAAAAUUCGUUCACAAGUGAAAGCUCAACGUUUACAAGCUGAAGAUGCUCAAUUAGAAGCGAAUGAAGCAAUUAGACGUGCAGAAUUAGCUGAAAAUGAAUUGAAUAAAGUUAGACAGGAAUUAAUUGCUUCAAAUCGAGAGAAGGAGUGUAUCUUUUCGGAACUCACACGUCUCAGAUCUUGUUGUGAAGGUCUCCAAUUGUGUGCACAGUCGAACUAUGAAAGACCUCUAAGCAAUACGAAUACCUGUCAGAUGGAUCCUAGCCUAAUGUUGUCUCCUGCAAUGCAAUCACAAAUGUUGAAUUUACAAGAAGAACUUAGCCGAUUACGUACAUCAUUUUACAGUACAGAAGGUAGUGGUGGUAAUGUUGGUCAUGAUAGUAGCGGUGUUACAGUAUCAGUUUAUGAUGAAGAUGACUACAAUGAUGAUAAGUCAGUAUAUGAAUCAAAUCUACUUAUAGGACAAUCACCAUCAGAUAUGCUAGUGACAAGUACAUCACAUGAUUAUCUUCUACAUUGUAAGACAACAGAUUGUGCACUAUCAAUCACUUCUGAUGUUAUUCAAUCAACAGACCAUUCUAAUCAUCAUCAACAACAUGAUGAUUUACAAGAAUCAUAUAAUAGUUUGUUAACUAGAUUAACACAAAAAGAGAAUGAUUUCAUUGAAAUGGAACAAAAAUAUCGUGGUUACUUAUGGAAAGCACGUGAAGUAAUUCGUCUACUUGAACGUCAACAUCGGAUACAUCAAGAUAUUUGUCCACAAUAUCGAAUGAAUUGUUCAACUAAACAAAUUAAUACUGGAGAUAAAAACGAUGAUGAUGAUGAUGGUGAAGAGAUCAAUCAUCUACGUGCAUUAUUAGUUGAAAAAGAACGUGUCAUUGAAAAGUUGGAAACUCAUCAUGAACAGAUGAGACGUCAUCGUGAAACAGAAGAACGUAUCGUAUUAAGUGCUUGGUAUAAUUUAAUUACUCAAUCUACACAAAACACUAUUGAAGAAAGUUUAAGGAGACAAUCAUGUAAAAAUUGUAAUUAUCCUUCGACUAAAUUGAAUUCAACAUUAUGUUGUAAUACAGAUAAUAAUAAUAAUAAUAAUAAUGUAUCUUUUCUUACACGACAACGAAAUCUGCACUUGAAACCGCCAAGAGAUUUAACUUCAGUUGUUAUGGCAAGUAAAUAAUAAUCCACAUACAAUGUCAUCAUCAUCAUCAUUGUUAUUCGAUUGCAUAUUAAAUUUGUCUAUGCUUGUUAUACAGGAUAGUUGCAUUCACGAUAUAUGUAAUUGUGCAUUUUCAUUCUUAACUGACCUAAUCAUUCAUUAUCUCAUGAUUAUCUUUUCUUUUUCUAUUGUUGUUCUAUGUUCCUCUUUGCCUUCAAUUUUUUUCGUUUCUUUGCCAACAAUGAUUUUUGAAAGAUAGACAAUUAGGUGGACUUGUUCUCUUCUAUUGAUUUUCGUUGUCUUAUGAUUUAUUUAUUUAUUUAUUUGCUUAUUUCUUUGUUUAUUUUGCCGAUGUAUAAUACCUCCUCAUAUUUACUUCUCACAAGUAUUCCCUACAGCUCUGCUCUAUUCGUUUGUUUGAACAACAUGUCUCCUCUGUGUGUAUGAAUGAGAGGAGGAGGGUGAGCAUAGUAUAUUCUUCAUCGUUUUGUCUUUUCUUGCUUUCCAUUUGAUUUAAUUCAAUGUGAUUUUUAAAUUCUGAUGCCAAUAGAUUUGUAUUUCUUCUUCUUGUAUCAUCAUUACUAUGAUCACUUCAUAUCAACUACUUAUUAAUGAUUGUUAGUAGUAGUGGUAGUGGUAGUAGUUGGUUGACCUUGAUGAUCUGUGUAUAUAACCCCGUUAAAUGAUCAAUUGACAAAUUUUCCGAUCAUAUUGUUUCUGUAUGUAUGCUGUUCUGUGUCAACAUCAUCAAUGGAUUUUUCAUUGUUGUCGUUUUUACUCACUAAAUUUGUUAAUUUUACCAGUUGAUUGAUAGAUUGAAUUUAUCAAUUUAUUCAAGGUAUGAUUUCAUUCACUGUCGAUAGAUAGAUACAAUCACUGUAAAGAAAAAAAUAAGGAGUGAAUGAAUGAUAAUUUUUGUUUUUAUUUCUUUUCUCUAAGUUUUAUUUCAUUCUGAUUGAACAUGAUAUUAAGAAGAUUGUAGUAAAUAUUGUUUUGAUAAUAUGCUGUUUACAAUGUCUCUUGCUUGUUGGAACUUGUCAGAAAGGAGUAUCUAUAAACUCUUAACGAAAUUG